AAGUGCGUAACACCCACGGCUGCGACGCCCCUGCGAUCAUGAUUCUUUUUCUUGCAACAUGAUAACAAUUCUGGAGAAACACAAGAAAGACACUGAUGUACUCAGCGAGUUUUUGCUCUUGACUCCUUGUUUUUCUGAAACUCAUCAAUUGUUACACUCUAGACAAACUAUGCACCAGAGAUGACUCACGCUUUCUCUGUAAAAACAUCAGAAUAAACGGCUGCUUUGUUUCAAGCAAUAAAAGCUGCUGUCUGUCUCACUAUCAUGGGUCUGCUUGUCAGACUUGUCGGGGCUGUUGCUCUUUUGUCAGUUAAUGAGCUUCUCUGUGAGAACAGAUUCAGUUUAAGACAGUGUAAACAUGAUAUGCGUUACAAGUUCAGAAUAACUGCUUUGCUUUGUUUAGUUUUAUCAAUUGAUUUCCAAGUUAAUUUUUUCAGUAAUUACUGGAGAAACCUGUUGCAUAGACAUUCAUCAUUUAUAAGCUACUUGUUUGUCAGUAUCAGUAGGAGUUCUCGUUGUGCAUGACAUUUGUGGUUCUUGAAACAGUUAUCUUUUGUUUUGUUUUGUUUUUUUGAAUAAUAGGAACAGAGUAAGAAACAGAAUAAAGGAAAUGACGACACAAACGCUUCGUAUCACAGAGCCACUACUUUAUUUUAGUUAUCCUUUUCUUUGUUGUCAUCGUAACAAAAGGUCACACACAAAAAAAAAACAAACCUAAAUUUCGUCGGGACCAUCUCUGUAUGGCGUCGCACGUGCUGAUGAGGUGCGAGCAGACCUGGAUCGUCUGAGCGUCGUUGAAGCCGUCAUCCCAGCAGAACUCUUCCGUACAGGGGAUGAGGCUGGACUCUGUCCCCGCGGUCUCCCUUUUCUUCUUCUUCUUCUUCUUUGUCUGAAAGGUCCUUUCCCUGGGUCGUGGCCACGAUGGGGGCGGUGGCGGCAGAGGCUGCAGAGGAGGCCGCGGAGGAGGCCGCAGAGGAAGCUGCGGAGAGUGCAGAUGACGCACUGGUGGUGUCGUCGGGCUCCCCGUCCACCUGCUGCUGCCUCUGCUGCUGCCACCUCAUCAUUAUCAUUUCUUCAGCCCCGUUCCUCAUCUCGUGUGUGUGUGUGUGUGUGUGUGUGACUCAUCAUCAGUUGUUUUUUUUUGGAGGUUUCCGUUGCACGAGUCAUUAUCUGCUACUGAACAUUUCCCCGCUUGAGGGGAUUUUUAUGUAUGACUCAUCUCCUCCUUCUCUUCUUCUUCUUCUGCUCUUCACUGUCCCUCUUAUUACCUUCACAUGCCCUCGUUCCUCCCCCCGUCAGCAUCGGUUCUCCGUGACCCGACGCGACGCCGCUCUUCUCCUUCCCCUCGUUCUUCUUCUUCUUCUCCUCACUGUCUCUCUUAUUACCUUCACACGCCCUCGUUCCUCCCCCCGUAAGCAUCGGGUCUCCGUGACCCGACGUCGCCACUUCUUCUCCUCUAUGUCCUCUCCAUCGCCGUUCCCCUUACGUACACGCCCCCGUUCCUCCCCGUAAGCAUCGGGUCUCCGUGACCCGACGCGAGGUCGCUCCUUUCCUUCCACUCGUUCUUCUUCUUCUUCUCCUUCUCCUCUCCCUCGCAGUUCCCCUCACAGGCACGUCCUGUUCCUCCUUGUCGGCGUCGGGUCUUUCUUCUAUGCUGUAGUGUGCUGGGGAGAAAACAGCGAGAAGAAGGACUCGGCACGACUGAACAGACUGGUGAGGGGGGCUGGCUCUGUUGUGGGCACAGAGCUGGAUCCUCCGGUCACAGUGGCGUGGAGAGGAGGACACUGGAGAAAGUGCACUCCAUCCUGAACAACGCUCAGCACAUUCAUGAGGCAGAGGAGUGUGUUCAGUGACAGACUAUUAUCCCUACCGAGCCACACAAACAGACUCGGUAAACUCUUUUGCAUACAUAAUGUACCACAGUUCAAUCUCCUUAAGGGAUCAUAUAGGUUUUUUAUUCUUUUUUUUAUUGUAUAUUUUUCUUUUUCAGUCCUUUUUUUUGUCUUGUUUUCCAGGUGUAUUUAAUGUUUAUUUUUGUCAUGCAUGUAUGCUGCUACUGGAUACUUGAAAUUUCUAAGUCUAAGUCUAAGUCUUCCUUCCCUUCGUCCUGCUUCUUUUUUCUCCUCUGCAUCCUCUCCCUCACAGUUUCCCUCACACACACACAUCGCCCUCGUUCCUCCCCCUCGUCGGCAUCUGGUCUUUCUCUCUCUGACCGACUGUCCGACCAAGCGCGAGUCAUCCGACCGGCUGCAGGUCGGACUUACUGAGCGAGCAUGAAUUGUCCGACCGAGCUCUCUCAACCCUCAACUAUGUCCCGCCCCUUGAAUAAAACAGACCAGCUCACACAUCAGCAAGCCAGAGUCAGAAGGCUCUGGGAAAGGUAGGAAAUGAAAGGAGGACUUUAUUCUUUUUACGUAUUGUCUUUACUUUUUGACUUUAUGUAUAUAUUUUUUUAUUCUUUUUUUAAAUUGUUAUUUAUUUAUUUAUUUAUUUAUUUGUUUGUUUUCUUUUUCCUUUUUUUUUUAGCGCUGGACUCCGAGGACGAGGAGUGUGAGAGGAUGUAUAGCGACUGCAACGGCAGUGAGAGGUGAGUAUGAAGAAAGAGGAGGAGAGGGGAAGAAGAGGAUGAGAGGACAGAGACCGCAUCAGGAGAACGACGCUAUUUUUAUUUUUAUUCAUUUAUUUAUUUAUUUUUGCUCUGGACUCUAAGGAUGGCUCAAAAGAACCUCUCAGCGCCGAUGUGUUUCGCUGCCGCGGUCUCUCCGAGGAGAGACCCGGCUCGCCCCACGAACCCCGCUCGGACUCCGAGGAGGAGGAGGAUGAUGAGCAGGGGUUGAGGGAUGGACAAAGCGAAAGCGGCGCUGACGGUGAGAGGAGGACUUUGAACAGGACGAUGAACAGGAACGACCUCUCUCUAAGGAUGACUAAAAAGAACCUUUCAGCGCCGAUGCAUUUCGCUGCCGCUGUCUCUCCGAGGAGAGACCCGGCGUGCCCCGCGAACCCCGCUCGGACUCCGGGGAGGAGGAGGAGGAUGAGCAGGGGAGAGGGAUGGACAACGCGAACGCGGCGCGGACGACGAGAGGAGGACGAGGAACGGGAGAACGGACGCGAACGAGGCGGCCGGUCGUCGCGAAGAACCUCUCCGCACCGUCGCGUUCACAGUGUGAAGAAUGACAGGUGAGUAUGAAGCAAGAAGAGGAGGAGGAGAGGCGACCAGCCGGCGCAAACAACCUCUCUAAUGCAAGAUGUGCCAAAAAGCUAGGUGUCGUGGAAAGGACGGGAGGAGAAAACGAGAGUGAAAAAAAAGACACGUUCUAAUAUUACCCCCUUCCCCCGCCACAUUACUCAUCUAUGCUGCCACACGGCAAGCCCACAGCAAACAACCAUGACAGUGCGACGUUUUACCACUCAAAAGCUCCUACAACAGAUUUUUUCCAGCUCGCCAUGUGAAGAAGAAGAAGGCAAAGAAAAUGAAGAUGUGACGCGAUGGAGCGCCUCGUCACGGCGAGAGCGAGGGGGCGGGAGGACGAGGGGAAGGCCAAGGAAGGAAGAGGAGAGGAGUCGAGAACAAGAGGAGAGCAUUUCGCAACGGCGAGAGCGAGAGGAUAGGAAGAUGAGACAGCUGCGACAGCAGCAGGAGAAGAGUGAUCGGGAGCAAGAGGAGAGAACAGAGGAGGAUGAGGAGGAACAGGAGGAGGAUACGAGGCGUUUCGCUGCCAAAAAGGCCCAAGGAGAGACACGGUCCUGCGAACCUCGCUCCGGCUCCGACUCCGAGGAGGAGGAAAGGACAAAGCGAAAGCAGUGCGAAGAACGAGAGGAGGAUAGGGAACAGGAGAACACGAGGCGGUCGGCAGCCGCGAACAACCUCUCUGUAAUGAGGUGUUUCGCUGCCAAAAAGACCCUAGAAGAGAGCUUGUCAGGUGAGUCUCGCUCUGAAGAGGAGGAUGUAUCAGAAGAAGAAGAAGCAGAAGGAGAAGGGGAAGAAUAUACCUCAUCAGAGCAGGAAAAUGUAACAUCAUCCUCGGGAGAAGAAGGAGAAGAAGGAGGAGGAGAAGAAUAUAACUCAUCAGAGCAGGAAAAUGUAACAUCAUCCUCAGGAGAAGAAGGAGAAGAAGGAGGAGGAGAAGAAGGAGGAGAUGAAGAAGAAAACCUUGUUGUUGCACCAGAGACGUUCCUGUCAAGAAACAGGAAAAUAACUUGGUCCUCUGCACCGUACCAAACAAUGCCCUCACAGCAGCAGCAGCAGCAGCAGCCCUGGCCGUCGGGGCCCACGGCCUAUGCGGCUUCCAACGCCCGAGAUAUUGUCUCGACAUUCUGCCUCUUCCUCACACCGGAAAUAGACAAAAUCAUCCUGGAGGAGACUAAUCGCGAGGGUCUUAGGAAAUACGGAAGAGACGGCUGGAAGCGGAUGGAUGAGAUCGACCUGCAUGCCUACAUGGGGCUGCUCAUCCUAGCCGGCGUGUACAGAUCCUGAGGCGAGGCCACUGCCAGCCUGUGGGACGCAGAUAGCGGACGUGCGAUUUUCCGUGCCACGAUGUCGCUCAAAGUCUUUCACGUUUACUCGAAGUUGGUGCGGUUCGAUGACCGCGACACAAGAGCGGAGAGACAUGCCUCGGACAAACUGGCGGCUGUGAGAAAGGUCUGGGACGCGUGGGUCGAGCGGCUACCGACCCUCUACAACCCUAGGCCUCACAUCACGGUGGAUGAGCAACUGGUCCCGUUCAGAGGCCGUUGCGUCUGUUCAACAGUAUAUGCUGAACAAGCCUGCCAGGUAUGGGAUCAAGGCGUGGGUACAGGAUGCAUAUGUUUGGAUGAAUGUCUGAGCUGUUUUCAGGUACUGCACAGUAAAUUUCGUUGUAAGACUAUGUGCAAU